UCAAUGUCUACCAAGAACUCAAAGCUCGAAGCUACACCACACCUGUUCCAUGAGAUUUAUCCCCAAAGCCUCUUAAAUAUUUGAAAAAUGAACCCAAUUCCAAAUUCGAGUAAUCCAUGAUCUAUCUACCACUUAUCAGUGGCUGUGGUAUGUUGCCUCUGUGUUCAUGUGAUUCCAAAUUUCCAUCAUAAAAUAUUCUCACUCUGUUGUUGCCACUGUGUCUCUAAACCGCUGAACCUCUCUUCUGUCUCUGCCUUCCUCGCACAACUCCAAAGGUUAUGAACUGAGUGCAUCAGUUGCUGUUUUACCUCCUGCCCGUAAUCUGCGAAAUUUUGGUGGUUUUAAUUGGACAAUAUCUAUUCCACCAUGUCGCCCAAGGCGUUGGACUAUGAGUCAUUGAAUGAAAAUGUGAAGAAGGCUCAAUAUGCCGUCCGAGGUGAGCUGUAUCUUCGAGCUUCUGAGCUUCAGAAGGAAGGGAAGAAGAUUAUUUUCACGAAUGUUGGCAACCCUCAUGCCCUAGGACAGAAGCCACUAACUUUCCCUCGUCAGGUGGUCGCUCUAUGCCAAGCUCCAUUUCUGCUGGAUGACCCUAAUGUUGGACUCAUAUUCCCUGCUGAUGCAAUUGCAAGAGCUAAAUAUUAUCUUUCAUUGACUACGGGAGGUCUAGGUGCUUACAGUGACUCAAGAGGCCUUCCUGGAAUAAGGAAGGAAGUGGCAGAGUUCAUUGGAAGGCGUGAUGGGUAUCCAAGUGAUCCAGAACUUAUAUUUCUCACCGAUGGUGCCAGCAAAGGAGUAAUGCAGAUCUUGAACACUAUUAUCCGUGGUGAUCGGGAUGGGAUAUUGGUUCCAGUUCCACAAUAUCCACUUUACUCGGCUACAAUAUCUUUAUUUGGCGGUUCUCUCGUUCCAUAUUACCUGGAAGAGACAGCAAACUGGGGUCUUGAUAUUAAUAACCUUCGAGAGUCAGUUGCUAAUGCCCGCUUUAAAGGAAUAACUGUACGAGCAAUGGUGAUUAUAAACCCUGGAAAUCCUACUGGCCAGUGUCUCAGUGAAGCUAAUCUGAAAGAAAUUUUACGGUUCUGUUACAAAGAAAAUUUAGUCUUGCUUGGGGAUGAAGUUUAUCAACAGAACAUUUACCAAGAUGAGCGCCCCUUUAUGAGUGCCAGAAAGGUUAUGUUGGACAUGGGACCACCCAUAAGCAAGGAGCUUCAACUUGUUUCUUUUCACACCGUGUCAAAAGGAUAUUGGGGUGAAUGUGGACAGCGGGGUGGAUACUUCGAGAUGACUAACAUACCUCUACAGACUGUUGAAGAAAUCUAUAAGGUGGAAUCAAUAUCACUCAGUCCAAAUGUUCCUGGGCAGAUAUUUUUAGGACUAAUGGUUAACCCGCCGAAACCAGGAGAUAUCUCAUAUGACCAGUUUGUUAGAGAGAGCAAAGGUAUCCUUGAGUCACUAAGGAGGAGAGCGCAAAUUAUGACCGAUGGGUUCAACAGCUGCAGAAAUGUUGUUUGUAAUUUUACAGAAGGCGCCAUGUAUUCCUUCCCACAAAUACGCUUGCCUCCAAAAGCAAUAGAGGCUGCGAAAAGGGCUGGAAAGGUUCCUGACGUGCUCUACUGUCUCAAGCUCUUGGAAGCCACAGGCAUCUCCACUGUCCCAGGUUCUGGAUUUGGACAAAAAGAAGGGGUAUUCCAUCUGAGGACAACCAUCUUACCAGCUGAGGAAGAAAUGCCUGCAAUUAUGGCCAGUUUCAAGAAGUUCAAUGACGAGUUCAUGGAGCAAUAUGAAGACCACAGAGGUUAUUCGAGGAUGUGAUGAAGGUGCAUAAUUUCCUAAUUUGUAUAAUUCUCUUCAGCUCCUGCAAGGUAUUUACUAGUGUACACUCCUGAAACAUUGUCCUUUUGUCUCUCCAUACAAUUGGGAUACCAAUUUAUUUCUGUUAAAAAUUUAGCUAUGGCUUCACAUGUAUCUUCAUAUCCUCUGAUUGGUUCUACUAUAAAAAAAAAAUCACUUUAAUAUUUUACCUA